AUGGUGGCUCCAGGAUUGGCCGCUCCUCGUCGAUUAAAUCUGCUGCAACCUCAAAGUGAUCCGUUUUACUCGCCACCUUCGGGCUUUGAAAAAUUGAGCCCAGGUACCAUUCUUCGCACUCGACCUGUCCCCGACAAACUUGGCAUCUUGGCUCUGUUCCCUCAGAAUGUGGCUAAUGCAUGGCAAAUCUUGUAUCGCACAACCAAUGCGCUUGGAAAAGCAGAAGCUACAGUCACUACUAUCAUAGAGCCCCACAACCCUGAUCCCACUAAACUCCUUUCUUACCAAGUCGCUGAAGACAGCGCCAGUCAGGUCUGUGCUCCUUCGUAUGUGCUUCAAACUGGGUCAAGCGUGCGAGGCAUUGUCACCAAAGUCGAAAUUUUGCUUAUGGAUGCCGCGCUGGAACGCGGCUGGUACGUCAAUAUACCGGAUUACCAGGGACCAAUGUCCAGUUUCACUUGCGGCUUGCAAUCAGGACAAGCUACUCUUGAUUCUAUUCGUGCCGUUCUUGCAUCAAGCCAUGUCACCAGUAUCCAGGCUGGUGCUCGUGUUGCUUUAUGGGGCUAUUCUGGUGGUGCGCUUGCUUCGGGAUGGGCCGCUGAACUUCAACCCACAUAUGCUCCUGAACUCAAAAUUGUUGGUGCUGCUUUAGGCGGUACCCCAUCCGACCUCAAUGCUACUAUUAAUGCCGUUAACAAAGGACCAUUCGUCGGUCUUGUGCCCGCAGGUAUUCUUGGUUUGUCGCAACAGUAUCCUGAGCUCAAUGAAUUCGUACAAUCCCAACUUAUUCCCAAAAAGAAGGCUGCCUUCAACAAGGCAGCAAGUCAAUGUUUGGCUCAAGAUCUUCUUCAAUUCGCCUUCCAAGAUAUCUUCAAGUACUUCUCCAACCCCGACAUUCUGAACGAUCCUAUUGCGACCAAGAUUUUGAACGAGAACAAGAUGGGAAAGUAUAUUCCUAAGAUCCCCCUCUUUAUGUACCAUGCUAUUCAUGACGAAGUUGUCCCCUUUGCCCCUGCUCAAGCUUUGGUAAAAAAGUACUGUGCUAAAGGAAGCAACAUUGAAUUUGUCAAGGACGAACUAUCAGAGCAUGUCAUCCUUGCUGUCACGGGCGCGGCCGACGCUAUACUUUGGUUGACUGAUCGCAUGAAUGGGAAGCCUGCCAAGAAAGGCUGUUCCGAGAGAACGGUGCUCACCUCCGCAUUGGAUCCAGGUACUCUCCCUGUUUUUGGAAAACUUAUCUUUGAUGACUUGGCCGACCUUCUUGGCAAGCCCAUUGGCCCACUAUCCAUUGCAUGAUUCAAGUCAUUUUUUUCAUAUCAGUACAUUUUAUUUUAACUAGCCGACGCAAUAAAAUGCAAGAUAAUGCCAGCGGAGGAGGAGUAUGUCAUGCAAU